AUGGAUCGAAGGAAGCGCGGUCGCCUACCGAACGAAGGAACAACAGACAGCGAAAAACCUUGGAAGACCGAGAUUCAAAAUCUACAGAGGCAGAUCGCUGACCUGAAGCAAAAUUGUCCGACUAGUCAGGCAGGACUGGAGGAGACAAAAUCCUCGUUCGUGGACAAAAUAAUGCACGCACGGCUACCAGAUCAGUUUCGCCUUCCCCAGAUCAUACCCUACACUGGAAAGGCUGAUCCAACAGAACAUAUAGAGUCCUUUUGGAUUCAUAUGGAAUUGCACGAUGCAUCAGACGCGGUGAUGUGCCGAGCCUUCUUGCUCACUCUGUCCGAUGUUGCUCGACUUUGGUUCAAGCAACUGAAGCCAAGGUCCAUCAGCUCAUUCGCCGAGCUCAAUGACACCUUCAUCGCGAACUUUAUUGGGGGCAAGAAAAGGCUCAAGGUAUCGAUGCAUCUGAAUAACAUAGUCCAAAAAGAAGAAGAGCUCCUCAAGGACUACAUCAAGCGCUUCAAUCUUGAAGCUCUACAAGUUUGGAAGCACUCGAACGAAACAGCUAUCAACUCCAUUAUGCAAGGGGUAAGAGACAAACUGUUUCUCUUAUCCCUGGAUAAGAAUCCACCAUCCACUCUGGCUGAGUUCAUGGCUCGAGUAGAAAAAUAUACCAAUGUCGAGGAGACUCGGAUCCUACGAGAAGUAGCUCAAAACAGAAACGCCUACGCAAAGCAGUCGACAAAAAAGGAUGUUGACUUGGCCAAUACCAAUAAAAAACGGAAAGACGAUCGACCACGAGAUGAGCACAGGUCAAGCAAACGACCUGACAGCAAGAUUAUAAACUAUACUCCGCUCAACAAACCUCAGGAGCAAGUCCUGAUGGAAAUAAAGGGUGAGAACUUCGUCAACUGGGCGAACAAACUGCGUAGCAAUCCUGACCGGUGA